AUGUCCUACCCAACGAACAGGAACGCUGGCUCAGAGGACCAAGGCUCUGGGAAUCACGGCAACCCAGGAAUCUCGAGCAGGGGCCGGUCGUUGUCGUUUUCUACCGGAUGUGAAAACACCCCAGGCGAGCCACCUUACGUCGGGAGGAAUUUCGAGGCCGGUCAGAGAGGCCUCUCCGCUUCUUUCGCCUAUGGCGAUGUUCAAACACCACAAGCAUCUUCCGAGUAUGUUUCAAGGCCAGAGGUCUGGCCCGCUGACGUUGCAUCGGCUUAUCAUCUUUAUAAGCAUGUAUAUGGGUUAUUGUUUGAGGAAAGUUGCGAGGACUUGGAAGAACUGCCCAGCAAGUCCCAACCCGGACAGUGGGAUGACUGGACGCUUCGAAGAGGCGUUUUCCUCGCGGGUAGGAGAAUUUACUGGGCCAAGGAGGAAAGCGUGGCCCGAAGUGGCUUCGAGCAGAAGUUUCCGUGGGCGUACGAGUCUAUCGGGUCCAGAGAGAGUCACGAGAAGCAGGCCAAUCAGAAGAAAAGGUCAGCUAAGAAUUUGAGGGACUUUCAACGUCGCAUGAUCCAAGAAGCAGAGCAUCGUGGAUUACGAGUCGCAUCAAAGAAAGACAUACGACUAUGCUAUGGCAACGCAGAAGGUUGA